CCAGCACCAAAACAACCGGAACCGAAAUAGAAUCUGGUGCGAGUUGAAUAAUAUUCUGAGUGGUGCUUUUGCGUGGAAUUACUGCCCCAAUCCUGUUCCUUUAGGACAUUUUAUGUGGUAUGUGCGAACGGACGCGAGUUGCCUAGAAAACCGAAAACUUGUCCGGUUACCUCGGCAACCUCCGCAGCGAGUGCGUGCAUCGUCGUAGUGCACCUCGGGUGAAAUGACAAAUUUGUCGCUCAAAAUACUGUCCCUCCGGAGUAACGUGGUUACGGCGGCAUCGUUUAUCCGCAGCAUCCAUCAUGAAUCCGCUCUUCAUCGCUCCUCCGGCGGACCACCGAAACUAUCGCCGUACGAUGUCAAUAACAUACUACGCGCCAACGAGCAUACGCAAGAGUUCUUCGGAGGUUCCGUGAAGUGCUACGAUUCUAACCAGCUUGCCUCAAACUCUCCGAUCGAGGACUCGCGCAGUGAAGCGACCUGUGCUCAUACGGCCGGUCUGCUGCUCGGUAUCUUCGAUGGACACGGAGGUCCAGCCUGUUCGCAGGUGAUAAGCAAACGCCUGAUGCGUUACAUCGCCGCAUCGCUAGUGCCGCCGGAUGAUUUGCGGCAGCAUCUGCUCAAUGGUGCUCAAAGCUUUUCUUUCCUCAACUGCCACAACGAUAAGCUCGAAUUUGUUAGUGAAAUCAAAGAAUUAUACGAGAAAAGCUUCCUCCAAUUCGCAAACGAACUCACAAACACCACACUAGCUGGCUUCCAGAUGCAUCAAACGCUAGAGAACGCUUUCGUGCGGCUCGAUCAGGAUCUAUCACGGGAAGCGAUCGAAAUGCCCAGCCUACGUACGAUGUCGGUAGCGAUGAGCGGUGCUGUGGCCCUCGUCGCGCACAUCGAUGGUCCCCACCUGCACGUCGCAUCGGUCGGUGAUUGUUCGGCCGUCCUAGGCACGGUUACCGAUACCGGCCAGUGGGUCGCGAAGAAGCUCACCAACGAGCACAACUCGGACAAUGUCGGUGAGGUGCGACGUUUGCUGAGCGAACACCCGGCCACCGAACGGGAUACGGUCAUUCGCGGUGAGCGAUUGCUCGGUCAGCUUGCUCCGUUGCGCGCUAUGGGUGACUUCCGGUACAAGUGGUCCCGGGAGCAGCUCGAGCAGCUGGUCGUGCCACAGUUUGGGGAACAGGUGAUCGCCCCUUACUACCUCACGCCACCAUACUUGAGCGCCUGCCCCGAGAUUACGCACCAUAUUCUAACACCACGCGACAAAUUUCUUAUCAUAGCAAGUGAUGGACUGUGGGAUACGAUGAGUGCCAUGCAGACGGUACACCUUGUCGGAGAGCACAUGUACGGCAAGGCGUUCCUGCAGCCACUAACCCUACCAAAGCACGACAUUACGCUCGGCGAAAUUAGUCAGAUGCUGAGCACGCGGAAAGCCGGUUUACAGAAGAAACCGUUGGAUCGGAACGCCGCGACCCACCUGAUACGGAAUGCACUCGGUGGUACGGAGUACGGUAUCGAGCACUCGAAACUAUCGCACAUGCUGUCGCUUCCCCAGGACAUCGUGCGACUCUUUCGCGACGAUAUUACAAUUACGGUCGUGUAUUUUGAUUCGGAGUACCUGCGAAAUUGUCCCACCUAAAUUACCGCCAACAGCAGCAGCGUGUAGUGUUCAUCAUUUUAUCAGUGGUUUGCAUUUUUUUACACUUCACCCCUUGCCCUGUGGUCAAUCGGAAGCGAGCGUACAUUCGAAUUUCUUGUUAUAUUUUACAAUGUUUGUUUGUUCUUUUAAAUUUAAGUCCAUAAGUGUCUUUGCGAUCGAACAAAUAUGUAGAUAUUAUUUAAAGAGCAUAACACACUUACGCCUCGCCG